ACCGAUUCAUUUUCCCUCUUCAUGCUCCCACUUCUCCUCUAAAAUCCCUACCCCCCAAACUUCAUUCAACCCUAUUUUCUUGCUUGAAUUCCAUCCUUUAUGCCCCGGUUUAGUAGAUUUAUGGAUUUAUUCGAAUAGUAAUUUUUUCAUAGGUUUUUGGGUUUGGUAGAUUUAGAGGAUUUGUUUGAAUAGCAAUAGUUUAUUCUUAUAUUAUGCCUCUUUUGCAUGAAUGGAGAAUAGUAAGAGUAUUGAGAAGUCAAAGGAGACAAACUCAGGCAUAAUAGUUGUAAGAGACUAUGCAACAAAGAACACGACGAAUGGAAGCACAAAUGCUAAAUCAAACAAAGCAAACAGUGAUGCUGGUGCUAUUGGAGCCGGACCAUCCCUUUUAGUCCAAAGAAAACCUAUGAAGUGCAAGGCAUGGGUAUGGAAAUUUUUUGAUGAAUUUAUUGAUGAGAGUGGUAAGACUAGGACUAGGUGUCAUUUCUGUGGGCAUGAUUUAGUUGUUGAGUCUAGAACCAAUGGAACUACUCCAUUGAAAAACCAUUGUAAUAGCUGUAAAUUAAAUCUUGUGAAUGUUAAGACUCAACAAACUUUACUUAACUUCCAAAAAGUGUUAGAGGUUGAUGAUGUAGAUGGAACUAGUCAUGAAAUUCCCUCAUCUUCAACUGGUCACAAUGAUCUUGGUCCUAAGGAUUCAUUAAGCUCAGAUGGUGAUGAUGAUAUCAGCUACAUUUCAACAAGUGAAGAGGAUGGAAGUGAAGUUGAACAUGCUAUGAGAAGGAAUGGUAGGCACAAAGUUUUCAAAGGAACAAAUGAUGCCAUGCCACAUAUUUAAACUGAGAAAAAGAGAUCCAUUGCUGGAUGUAGGAGAAUCAUUGGUUUAGAUGGAGCUUUUCUCAAAGGAGCACACAAAGGGGAAUUACUUACUGCUGUUGGUAAAGAUGCCAAUGACCAAAUGUACCCAAUUGCAUGGGGUAUGGUGGAAGUUGAAAAGGAAGAAAAACAUAGACAUUGUGCUGGGCAUAGAUAUGCCAACUUCAGGAAGAAACACAGAGGGAAGGAAUUGCAAGCCUUAUUUUGGAGAUGUGUGAAGGCACUGAAUGAGGCAAUGAUUUCUUUGAAUCAAGAAAUGAGAGCUAUGUGUGCAGCAAGGACUGUUACUAGGAGAGAGUCUGGAUCUACUAACUUUGUGGGAGAUUUUGACCCCAAAAUAUGGACUAAGAUUGUACGGAAUAAGGAAGGUAGUAAGAAAUGCAGAGUCCCAUGGCCUAGUGGAGUUGGUUAUGAAGUUGGGGAUUUUAUGAAUAGUAAAAAUAAAGUGGAAUCAAGUAGAAACACUUAUAUUGUAAAGUUGCAAAAUAGGACAUGCACUUGUAGGUAUUGGGAUCUAUUUGGGAUUCCUUGUAGACAUGCCAUUAUGGUGCCUCAAACGGAGAAUGAACCAUCUGUGGAGCAACCACCCCUUGUUGAGGACAACCAUUCACCCCUUGUUAAUGACCACCAGCCACCCCAUACUGAGGGUAGUCAGCCCCCCACUAAGAAGGCAGAAGAGAGGGCAAGGAAAAAUAACCCAACCCCAACUUUGCAAGAGGAUCCACCAUCUGCACCUCCAUCUGAAACCCUUUCACAAUCCCCAAAAACACAAAAAGUAAAGCAUGCCUAUUCAAAAGGGAAAGGAAAGCAGAAAUUUAAAGGUUUUGGAACAUAUGUGAAUCCAAAUACAGGUUUUUCCAAAUUAAAUGCUGGAGAUAAAAGUGAAAGAAUUCUAUCUGUCGGAUAUGCUCAGAAGAGGGCAACAGGAGUUGGGGAUAGAGGAAUCCCCACCGUAGCUCUAAUGCUUGCACCAACAGUGCUUGCACAAGCAGUACUUGCACUAAUGACACCUCUACCAACAACAACAAUAACUCCCUUAGGAAGUAGCAGUAGGCAAUUUGUUACUGCCACUAACUUGCAAGCACUAUUAUGGGAAAAAAAGAAGGCAAAAGGAAGAAGAAGCACUUGGUCGUUGGGUGGAGUUAUUGACUAAAAUUCACAAAGAUAAACAGUCAAAUAUUUAGAUUGUCAAGUUUUUUUUUGUGUUAUUAGGGUGUGCUUUUUUGGACAGAUUAGGGUGUAUUGCCUUUGGUAUUGCAUGGAUGCUUGUUUUUGGACAGAUUAGGGUGUAUUGCCUUUGGUAUUGCAUGGAUGCUUGUUUUUGGACAGAUAUGGGAGUUAAGGUUGUUUGUUGUAUUUGGCAUGGAAUAUGGUAUAAUGUGAUUUUCUUUUGGACUUGGACAACAUAUAUUUUGUCACUUGCUGCAUAUGCAUUGUAAUUUUUGUAUUGGGAUUAAUGAAAUGCAUAUAUAUAU